AUGGGCUCGUCGAUCGCUUCUGGAGUCCUUACGCUGCUUCAUACCGCCUGCGGGGCUGGCAUUUUAGCUAUGCCAUACGCUUUUAAACCUUUUGGACUUCUGCCCGGGUUUCUCAUGAUCGUGUUCUGCGGACUAUGCUCUUUGGCGGGCCUUGUUAUUCAAGGAAGAGUGUCGAAAUACGUGGAGUCGAGAAAUGCAUCGUUUUUUGCACUGUCGCAGGUCACAUACCCACAAUUGAGCGUGGUUUUUGACUUGGCAAUUGCCGUUAAAUGCUUCGGAGUUGGUGUCUCGUAUUUGGUGGUCGUGGGAGAUCUUCUGCCGCGGAUCUUCGAGGUCUUCACAGCCCAUAGUUUGUUUUCGAACCGAAACUUCCAUAUCACUAUGGUCAUGCUUUUCAUUGUGUCCCCGUUGUGCUUCUUAAAGAAACUGAGCUCUCUGCGUUACGCCUCGAUGGUCGCUAUUUCGUCUGUGGCAUAUCUGUGUGUGUUGGUUCUGGUCCACUUUUGGUGGCCCUCUGAGGAAAUUCACGAUUUAAAGGGCGAGGUCAGCAUUGGACUACCGUCUGGCCCCAUCGCAGCCCUCUUUAGCUGUUUCCCAAUCUUUGUCUUCGCCUACACCUGCCAUCACAAUGCUUUUUCGAUCAUCAAUGAGCUCCAGGACAACGCGGUAAAAGCUAUCUACAAAAUGUGCUCCAUUUCUGUCCUUCUGGCCAUGACCUUGUAUAUGGCCAUUGGCGGAAGCGGCUACGCGACUUUUGGAGACCACGUUGUGGGAAAUAUCAUUACGUUAUACCCACAAUCUCCUGCUACCACUGUCGGGCGGAUUGCCAUUGUCCUCCUGGUGAUGCUGGCCUUUCCCCUGCAAUGCCACCCAGCCAGGGCUUCGAUAGACCACAUGUGGCACUUUUUCACGCUACAUACCAAGAGAACUGCCGAUGCGGAUGUGAACGAAAGGGCUCAAUUGAUUGAUUCAACCACAGACGAUGAAAGAGACGUUUUGGUCGAAGAAGGCGCGUCUCAACAGCCAGUUGCUGUGCCUCUUGGAGGAACCCGUUUUACAGUCAUCACUACUGGAAUUCUCAUUUUGUCCUAUCUACUGGCCGUAUCUGUUACCUCGCUGGCCCGUGUGCUGGCUGUAGUAGGCGCGACGGGCUCAACUUCCAUCUCAUUCAUUCUUCCUGGCAUUUUUGGCUACAAACUGAUAGGUUCAGAGUACGACGCAGGCAAAGUCCCCGCAUCCACAAAAUGGUUGAGGUGUCUGUCGCUGGUGUUGACGUGCUGGGGAUCCGUGGUGCUCGUUACAUGUCUGUCAGCAACUCUUUUCCUCGGUGCCAGUCACUAA